AUGAAACUCAAAAAAAAAUCAUUACUUCCUUUGUCAUUGAUCUUGAUCCUUUUCAUUUUAUUGGGAUUAGAUUGUGUUUGCGCAUUUACUACAACGGUGUAUAAGGAUCAAUUCACGGGUGUAAACAUUAAUGCAAUUCAAUCAUAUUCGGAUGGUACGGCUUUAUUAACGUUGUCUUAUACUGACCCCUCAAGAAAAGGUAUUCUUGUUGUUCGUCUCAUUCAUCCAGACGGGUCAGUGAUCGCCUUCGAAAUGUCGCUUCGUUGCGAUGGUUCAGGAAAUUGUCCAGCGAUACUGUAUCCUUUAGGGAGCAACUACAUUUUUGUGACCUAUAAGAAAACAGAAUUCAAUGUUGAUGAAAAUACGUAUGGAAUAGUGGUCGAUUGGACCGGAAAUAUUAUUACCAGCGACAUAUCACUCGGACUAACCGAUAUUCAGGUUUCUUCUAGCCUAUCAACAGCCUUUCAGCCAAACAUUGAUCCUAAUGUAAACUUUUUGUGGACGAAUGCUUACAAGUAUAAGAAUGCUAAUCAAAUUAGUUGGAUCCUAUUCUCUGCUCCAAACGCCAAUGGAUCGAUUGAUAUGCUUUCUCAGGGCACGUUUCAAAUCUCCAAUUCUACCGUAUUGAUGGAUUAUAAAACAUUUUCAACGAUAGAGGGUGGUUUCGGUCUAGCCUAUUUGACUAAAGAGCCGAUACUAAUUCCUGAUCCUAGAAACAGUUUGAUACUAUCGUCCAAGCCACAAUGGUAUAUAUUCGUGACAUUCAUGCAACCUGGAUCUGCAGAUUUUAGUGAACCGACGCUCAUAUAUCAAACGUCCAUCCCAUUUUACAGUAUUCAGAUGAAUAGCUGUUUUGCGGCAAAAGAUGCAUCAGGAUACGGUUGCAUUUAUUUUACUCCCAUGCCAAAUGGAUACGAUUACAUGUUUAUUUCCUUUCUUUCGAGUGGUUCCGUGUCGAUUAUUGAGCAAAUUGUUGAUGCAAAUGUCACAAAGGUCGAAGAAGUCAUGGGGGUGACUCCGCUUCCUUUCGGUGGUUUUCUAUCGGUAACUGUAGAUGUUUCUACUGGUGACACAAACUUUAUUGGUCAUGUGUCUCAGAGUAACGGGAUCAUUGAAACGAAUAUAAGUUUGCCGACGCAAUCGACGAAAUUUUACGGCGUUUUCCCCAACAAUACUUUAUACGUUUUAUCCAGUAAUAAUGACGGCCUAACCAUUUAUAUGGAACCUUUGCCCAAGUUCUUGCAAGAAGACAACGGAUUCGGUAAUUUGUUGAUUGACUCUGUUAACCCACCGCUACUAUCGAAUAUUGGCCCAAAUUUACGAGAUUUAACAAUCACUUUCCGUCAAGACGUACUUCUUUCCUUCAAAAACGUCUCAAUCUAUCAGUAUACUACUAAAAACCCGCUCCUUCGGCAAACAUUUACGGCGCAAUCACAAUAUUGCUCAUUGUUCAACGACAAUCGGACCAUAUCUCUCCAAGUUCUUUCAAGCACGUUCAAUUCUCCAAGAUCCUCUUAUUUUGUAAUGAUGAAUAAUAAUUUUGUCAGUAGCAAGUCACAAAAUCAACCACUUACCGGUGUUUCGGAAGGGUAUUGGACUUACACUGCUGAUACGGCGACAGGAAUCUUCACAGCAACAUCAACUGGCCUAUUACGGUUAACCCCAGAAGGCUCGAUUUUUUUCAACAAUCUCGACAAAGUUGAUAAAGCCAACUUUUUUAAUGAGAUAUUGCUUGAACUUUCCGAAAUCAUACCGAUAAAUAUUAAACGUCUUUCGACCAGCAAACGUCAUCAACCUGAUCCCAAGGCAACUUAUCAGAUUCUAUUUCCUGUAACAAUCGAGAGCGUAAAUGAUCUAUCUGAGCGAACCGUUCAACAAGUUAUUGAUGACUUGAAUAUAUUGAUAAAAAACAAAGGAAUAAGUCCAAUUUCCUUCAGACCUUUCACAUCCUACUUGGACAGCACAUACGGUUUCCAACCGACGCCAAAUCUUUGGGAAAUUUACAAGCUCAAGUUAAUUUAUGUUGCAAUAGUAAUUGUCAUUUUGUGUGCCAUUUAUUUUGUGGCAAGGCGGAAAAAUCGAGAGGGCAAGAACUUUGUAAUCGUCAAGGUAACUCUUAUGCUUGUAGAUUUGAUUUUAGAUAUAGCUUUUGUUGUUACCAGCGGUAAUGAUGUGAAAGGGUUAUUGUUGCCUAGUAUUCUCUGUCUUACAAUCCCAAUAGGCUUCAACAGUCUGGUUGCUUUUAUUUUAUUAAUCUCAGAAAUCAGUACCAAUAAGAAAUUUUAUGGAUGGUUCCAGGCACAUUCAAAACCAGCAGCCUUUUUGACAAUACUAGCAUCAACAGAUGUUGAGGCGAUUACACUCAUGUCAUCUGAACUGUUUGGGCUUCAGAUAUUCAGUGCACCUUUAUCAAAAAGAUCGGAAAUUUGGAUCUUUUGGGCAGGAUUUUGUAAUAUAUUCAUUGAAGAUGCACCACAGUUGAUUAUUCAGAUCUUAUAUAGGCGCCUCACUGUCUCAUAUGACAUAAUUCCAUUACUAACCUUGAUAAUGAGUUCAAUUCUUUUAAUUAUCAAUGUUAUUGGUCAUACUUAUGAUGGAAUUCAUAAGUGUUUUGGUCAUAAUUCUAACUUGAUACCCAAUGAAAAAGCAAAAAAAGAUGAGUUAGAAUAG